AUGGCAGCGCGCUUGGUGCGACACUGCUGCUGGCGGCACUUGGGUGCCAUCCUCUGUCCUGCCUCGACAGUCCCGGCGUCCCUGCUGGUGCCGGCUGGGAAGGUGGUGGUGGCAAGAGCUCUGCCUCAAGCACCUCUCACUUCAUUUCAUACUUCAAGCCCUUCCAGCUGGGCGGACGGAUUUUCAGUCAGAGAGCUGGCGGAGGACAGCAGGAGUCAAGAGUACAAAGUGAUUGGGGAACUGGUUGAAACAGCCACGAGCCCUCAGGAGCUCCUGCAGCUGACUGAGCUCCAUCCCCUUACCAGCAACCAGGCCUCCCUAGUAAUUACUCAACUUUCGCGGCUUGCAGUGGAAAAAAAAUUGGAAACAGAGAGUAUUGUGCAGGAUGAGCGAUUCCAGCAGCUCGUCAGCAUCAUGGAUUCUCAGAUUUCUCAGGUGUGGAAUAACACCUUGGUGAAUCUUCUGAAGAGCCUCUACUCCCUAGGGAUGGACAGAAACAGUAGAGAGAUGCAGUCAGUGGAGCAGGAGGUGCUGUGGCGGCUGCGGCGCUUCACCUUUAAGCAUCUUGCCUCCCUGGCGGAGUUCUUGGCGGUCAGGCAGGGGAAGGAGAGCCAGCUGUUGAACGAAAUCAUCAAGAAGCUGGAGCUGCGUUGGACAGAGCUUGAGGGCACCCGAACCGUGGUGAUGCUGAUGGGCAAGGUUGGGCACAUCUCCCCAGCUCUGAUGGACCGGCUGGAGGACAAGGCUCUGGAACUUGCUGAACAGUUCAACCCCGAUGACAUCCGGAAAAUAACACUGGCUCUAGCCUACCAGAACCGGCGCUGCGUGCCUCUGCUCCGAGCCAUGUCCUACCACCUGAUUCAGAAGCACUCUGACCUCAGCCUCAACGUCCUGAUGGACCUAAUUUUUGCCUAUGGAAAACUGAAUUUCCACCAGCCCCAGGUCUUCCAGAAGAUAGCCACUGACCUGCACCCCCACAUCCCUGCGAUGACGCCCAUCGAGGUGACACGCUGCAUCAGAUCCUUUGCCCUCCUCAAGUGGCUCAACCUGCCGCUGUUUGAGGCCAUUGCACAGUACACCCUGGACAACACCAAGCAGCUGUCACUCACCCAUCUGUGCAGUAUCAUCCUGUCUUUUGCUCGCCUGAACUUCCAGCCCAGCGGAAGUGAGGAUUUCUUCAACAUGGUCCAUGAGGUGCUCCAGGGCCAGCUGCACAGCCUGGAGCCUCACCUGCUGACAGACCUGGUGUGGUCUCUCUGUGUGCUGCAGCAGGCCAAGGCUCCCUACCUGCAGCAAGUGCUGGCGCCUGACUUCCACGCACAGAUCCGAGGUGAUCAGUCCCUCAAGGCCCAGAACUUACAGCUGAAGCUCAUUCAUAUCAAUGCUGCUGCCAAGCUGGAAAGCCCUGACUACCAAGGGCCGUUCCUGCCACCGGAGAUGUUGAGUGUGAAAGAGCCAGCGGGGCAGAAGGUCACCCUGCUGCAGAGCAGCCUGCAGGAGGCCUUGGUGGGGGUGCUGGGGAGCCGGGACAACGGGCGCUUUGAUGCACGCACCAUCUAUGGGUGGCAGAUCGAUGCUGAGAUGUUGGUGAACAGCGAAAAUAAACCUCUCCCUGUGAAGAACUUUGCUGCUCCCCAUCUGCUCUGCCCAGAAGGGACAAAGCCAUUGCCACCAGGUGCCAGGAGGAUUGCCUUCCUCCGGUGGGAGUUUCCCAACUUCAGCAACAGAAGCAAGGACCUGCUGGGCCGCUUUGUCAUGGCCCGGCGCCACAUCCAGGCAGCCGGCUUCCUCGUGGUGGACGUGCCCCACUACGAGUUCCUGGACCUGAAGCUGGAGCGGCAGCGGACAGCCUACCUCAAAGACAAGCUCAACAAGGCCAUGGCCAAGGAGAUGGCGAGCUAA